AUGUCAAACACUCAAUCCAACAAUUCAUUAAGGGAAUUAAAUGCCAAGCUCUUGGCUAAGAUUUGUGAGCUUAGGAAGAAGAUUGCUGAGGAUGAGGUUGAGAAAACGAAACUGAGACAGGAGUUUAAGGCCAGAACUGAUGAGCUGGAGGAAACUAUAUCGCAUUAUUCAGUUGAGAUUGGCAAACUUAAUGCUAUAAUUAUAGAACUAGAGAAAAAUAAGACAGUUACAGUUAAACUCGAAUCUUACCCUUAUGUGACUAAAUUGUCUAACUCAAAUGAUUUAGAGGUAAGUGCAUCACCUAUAUCUCCAUCUAAUCCAACUCGUAAUCAUGUUUAUUUCUGUAAUAAAAUAUUAAAGCAAUAUCCUAAUUUAUGCCAAGAAGGUAGUGAUGGAAAUGACAAUUAUUACGGAAUUACUGAUAAAUCAUUAUAUCCACUAUGUAAGUUGGAUCAUAAUGAUGAAAAUGGUAUAGAAGGCAGAUAUGAAAUUGAAUCUUAUAAUCUUAAAUGUGAACAGUGUAAAAUUGAAAUUGAGAUAACAGCAUAA